AUGAGAGAACUUAUAACUAUUUAAGUAGGUCAGUGUGGAAACUAAAUUGGUGCUAAAUUCUGGGAAUUAGCGAUAAAAGAACACUCAAAAUAUAAUAAAUCUUCUGUCUAUGAUGAUGCUCUUUCUUCUUUUUUCCGUAAUAUAGAUAAGAGCUCUAAAGGACAUGAAUUAAAAGUUGGCAGUGAAAUAAUCAACUUGAAGGCAAGAUCUAUAAUAGUUGAUAUGGAAGAGGGUGUCACAAAUCAACUUUUAAAGAGUGAUAUUGGAGAUCUUUUUGAUUAGAGAUAGUUCAUAAAUGAUGUGAGUGGUGCAGGAAAUAAUUGGGCUCAUGGUCACUUUUUCUAUGGAAAUAAGUAUAGAGAUAAUAUGAGUGAAAGAAUCAGGAAAGCUGUAGAAUAAUGUGAUUCUUUGUAAUGUUUUUUCUUGAUGCAUUCUUUAGGAGGAGGAACAGGAUCAGGAUUAGGAACAUUCCUACUCUCAUUAAUUGAAGAUGAAUAUCCCGAUGUUUAUAGAUUUACAGCUUCUGUAUUUCCUCAAAAGGAUGAUGAUGUUAUAACCUCACCUUAUAAUAGCUUUUUUUCUUUGUAUGAGCUAGCUAAGCAUGCCGAUUGUGUGUUUCCUAUUGAUAAUUAAGCUUUAAUGAAUAUUUGCUACUAAAUUGAUAAUCCAAACAAGGUAAAGUUGGCAAAGGAUAAUAUAAAUGUAAGCAAAGAAGAAGAAAUAAAAAUAAUGAUGAACAAAGGUUCUAAGAUAACUUAAGCAGGAACUGAAGAAAAGAAAGAAAAGCCUUUUGAUAAAAUGAAUAAUAUUAUUGCACAUUUACUCAGUAAUAUUACAUGCUCUAUGAGAUUUGAGGGAGUUCUAAAUGUUGAUCUUAAUGAAAUAACAAUGAAUUUAGUUCCUUAUCCUGAUUUACAUUUCUUAAUAUCAAGUAUAGCUCCGCUUUAUUCCUUAUCGGAUAGCAACUUAUAGCCUAGAAGAUUAGAUUAAAUGUUUAAAGACUGCUAUCAUCCUGAUUAUUAGCUAGUUAGUGUGAAUCCCUUUUAAAAUAAGUAUUUAGCAGUAGGAUUAAUGGUAAGGGGAUCAGUUCCCUUUUCUGAUGUAAAUAGAAAUAUCAAAAAGCUUAGAAGUGAGUUAAAUAUGAUUUACUGGAACCAAGAAGGUUUUAAGUACGGUAUAUGCAACACACCUCCUAUAGGCCAACCUUACUCCUUGCUAUGCUUGGCAAAUAAUACUGCAAUAAGAGAUCAGUUUUCGACUAUGGUAGAGAGAUUCAACAAACUAUAUAAAAGGAAGGUGUUUGUUCAUCAUUAUACAGAAUAUAUGGAUGCAAAGCAUUUUGACGAGGCUUUGAAUUCUAUCACAUCUCUUAUAAGUAAAUAUGAAGAACUCCAUAAAGCUGAAGAACCUUCUUCUCAACCAAGAUUGAAACCUUUGAUUUGA